UUCUUAGAUAACCGCUUCAUGGGAAGGCACCUUUUCACUCCUACGAAUCAUUGACGCACCUUCAGAGCAAAUGUGCGUCUCUAUCUCGCCCGCUCUCACUUUCAUAAGUCUGCCGGUGCCGGGACGGGGCUGAGCUUCCUGACAGCGGCCGGGUGCGCCAGAGAGGAACUGAAACCCAGACUUCUCUUCUGAAAAGGGCAAUGCUGAGAGGUCAAGCGAGGAGCAACAGAGCCUCUGAGUAGUCUGGAAAUACAAAGACACGUGAGGGGAAUCGAGAAACUGAAGGCACGGUAACAACCGAGAGGAGGAUGGUGCACCACAGGGAGGAGGACCUGAUCGGGAUCCCCUUCCCCAACCACAGCAGCGACGUCCUCUGCGGCCUCAACGAGCAGCGGCGCGCCGGGCUGCUCUGCGACGUCGUGCUCGUCGUCCGGGACCAGGAGUACCGGACCCACCGCUCGGUGCUGGCCGCCUGCAGCCAGUACUUCAAGAAGCUCUUCACGGCGGCCGCGGCCGACGGCGGCGACCACCGCCACCACGCGGCGACGGUGUACCAACUGGACUUCGUGGCCCCGGAUCCCCUCACCGCCAUCUUGGAGUUCGCCUACACGUCCACGCUGACCGUGACGGCGUCCAACGUCAAGGAGAUCCUGAACGCGGCGCGGAUGCUGGAGAUCCCCUGCAUCGUCAACGUCUGCCUGGAGAUCAUGGACAGCGGCGGCGGCGGGAGGAGAGCGGAGGACGACGAGGAGGAAGAGGAGGAGGAGGAGGAAGAGGAGGAGGAAGAGGAGGACGAGGGCUCGAGGAAGUACGAGCGGGAGGACGAGGAGGACGACGUCAGCGAGGGGUCGCUGCGGACGUCGGAGAGCAGGGGCGAGCGGACGCCGCCGGGGGCGGGGGGCUCGCCGCCGCCCGGCACCUCCGAGUACCGCCAGCAGUUUGACCGGCGCCGACCGGCGUCUCCGUCUCCGGACGCCGCGAGAGGCAAACAGGAGAGUCCGGAGAGUCGGACGUUGAAGGAUUUCUCCAUCGAGUCGCUCCUCCAGGAGAGCCUCUACCCCCGGAUGUCCGCACUGGACCGGAGGGUCAGCUUCUCUCCCCUCCUGCCCGGCUUCUACCCCUCCAUGUGGGCCGCCGAGUUCCCGACCUUCCCCAAGCUCCUGACCCCCGCCCACCACCAGCAUCCCCACGUCGGGGCUCCGCAGCAAACCAGGCCGCCCCGCGUCUUCCCCGCUCCGCUCGACGCCUCGAGGCCCCUCGAUCUGGCGGCCAAAAGAGGGAUCGUAAAGGAGGAGGUGAAAGAGGAAAUCCCGCUCAGUCUGCUCCACGGCGACUUCCUGAAGGAGUUCGUGAGCUCGGGCCUCGGCGGCGGCGGCGCCGCCAACGCCGGGUCGCUGCAGUCGGAAGCUCGCGCUCUGGGUCCCAUAAAGGACGAGGCCGACUUCCGGUCGUACCUGAGCUUCCUGAGCUCCGCGUCCCACCUGGGGGCGCUGUUCCCUCCCUGGCAGCUGGAGGAGGAGAGGAAGAUGAAGCCCAAAGCGUCGCAGCAGUGUCCGAUCUGCAACAAGGUCAUCCAAGGGGCCGGGAAACUGCCGCGACACAUGAGGACGCACACGGGGGAGAAACCCUACAUGUGCACUAUCUGUGAAGUCCGGUUCACCAGACAAGACAAGCUGAAGAUCCACAUGAGGAAGCACACGGGCGAGCGGCCCUACAUCUGCCUCCACUGCAACUCCAAGUUCGUCCACAACUACGACCUGAAGAACCACCUGCGUAUCCACACGGGCGUCCGGCCGUACCAGUGCGAGCACUGCUACAAGAGCUUCACGCGCUCCGACCACCUCCAUCGGCACAUCAAGAGGCAGAGCUGCCGCAUCUCGCGCCCCAGGAGAGGCAGGAAACCGGCCGCUUGGCGCUCCACGCCCACCGGCGGCUUCCUGUGCCCCCCGACCGCCGCCCCCAGCCGCUUUGAGGAGAGCGGGUUCAGCCCGGCGUACCAGAGAGUCAAGAGUCACGGACUUGGAGAGAUGCUCGGCGACAGGGGUCCGGGCCUGAAGGAGGACCGGCGAGCAGAGGAGGAGAAGGCCGGAGCAGGGAGGCAGAGGGGGGUGUUUGCCUUCGCCUUGGCCGGAGAAGAGGCGCUCAGCCACUCUCCGUUCUACGCUGCGACCUCUGACCCCUGGACCAUGAGACUGGAGCGCGCUCCGCCCAUCCCCGAGGCGGCCAAGUGAGCUGUGGUCUGUGGGAGGAAAACACACAAAAAGACAAGAAAGAAAGUCUCUUGAACCUCCGGGUCUGUUUCGGGUCCCGGAGGCGAAAGGCACCUUUUUUAAAAAGCGACAGUGAAUCUUUUGAAGCCUGCUGAGUCGAAAAACAGACUUGUAUAUAUAUAUUUUUUUUUUUCAUGGUCAGACAGUCUAAUUAAAUCAUUUCAAAGAUGUCAUGUUCAAAAAUUGUUUACAAAUAUUUCGAGCACUUAAGAGGAGGGAAACAGUUUGACGCUGCGAAUGAGGAAAACAUAUCAAAAUGCUGUUAUCAAUAAUAUUUGCAUUAUUCAUCCACAAGGUUGUCUAAAAUGCUAUUAAUUCUAAAAAUGAAUAAGCAAGAUGCGAUGAGGCUUUUAUACUGAAAAGUGUUGGUAUGCAGUCAAAUAUAAGAUCUUUUGAAAUUAUUACAAUGCUGAAUUAUUGAUUGUGAUAAAUGUAAAAUAAAAGAUUACAUAGGCAAAAAUAGUCAAACAUUAAUUUGUAGAAACGUUUUUUUUUAUAACAUUGCAGUCUCACAACGAAUGGGAAGAGAAGUAGAGAUAAAUUUAUAAAAUACGAUUUAAAUAGGUUUAUAUAUACCAAUCACAGUGAGUUUUAUUUUGAAAAGUUGUGUUUUAAGUGUUAGAAAAGGACCAAUGCUUUAAAUAUAAAUAAAACAUUAAAUUGUUUAUUAGAGCAGGGUGUAGUCUGGCACAUGUCCUGUAAGUAUGUUUAAUCCUGACAUUGUUAUUUCAUGAUAUUCCAAAACAAAGGGAACCCACUUGAAGUCUAAUAAAUAAGGACAUUUGUUAUUAGCCUUUCACUGCCUUGUUCUGAUUUAAGCUCCUCGUCUGCACUAUUGUACAUAGACACACACUUUUUGGCCAUGGUGUUGUUAAUUACGGUUACGUUGCUGAUGUACAAAAUAUAUAUAUAUUGAUCUUAAAAAGGCACCCAUCCAAAGAUGUGUACUUUGAUAUUUCACAGACUUGAAUACGAUUUUGUUUUAAUGUUUAUGAAUAUGUGUCUUCAGAGGAUAUGCAUAUUUUCUGUCGCUUCAGCUAUACGGUAUGCUUGUGUUUUCUCUGCUGCAACAAAUCAAGAGGGUUUAAGCCCCGUUUUUCAUAUAAUGUCCAUCUCUGAUUUGUGUAUAAAGAAGUUUAAAAAAUUAUUUGAAUUGAAAUGGGAAAGUAUUUUCUUGCUAUUUAUGCAUAUUUAAAUGAAUGAGCCUUGGCUAUAUUUUGCAAAUCUGUUUUAUAAAGACACUAAAUGUUGAACUUU